UGUAGCCUAGUUCCUUGAAGAAACAUUUUAACACUCUUUUCAAGAGUCGCUCUCUGCUGCCUGUUACGUGAUUAGCUUAAGGGUAAAUGAUCAUGACGCUGAAACAGAUGGUGUUGCUGUGGACGGUGUCUCUGUUUACGGAUGCAGCUGGAAUCCAGGUGAAUAACAGCUAUAAGGCACUGCGAAACAUUCCUAACAACUACAAUGUAAACACAACCGGUUUAAUCCUGCACCACAACCAAAUUAUGAUGGACACUAUGGACAUACAGGCUUUGAAAAACUACUCCAAGCUGACACAUUUGGACCUCUCGUACAACCGCAUAGCAAAGCUGCCUGAUGGAGUGUUCUCUGCUCUCGGCAGUUUGGAGAAUCUCAGUUUAUCAGGGAACAAACUGCGAACGAUAAAGAACGAGACCUUCGCCGAUUUAAAGAAACUCAAGACACUGGAUCUGGACGAUAAUCCAUGGAACUGCACAUGGGAUUUAGUGGAGAUUGUGAAGUGGAUGAACAACAUGGGAUUGCAGACAGGAUCAAAUGCCACCUGUAGCUCACCAGUCAUCCUGGCUGGACAAAGAAUCCUGGACGUGCUCAGAAUAUCAAAGACGCCGCUACCUUCAGUAAAAAGCAACACAGCCGCCACAACAAAAAGCGUUUCUACUUUUACAGUCACAGCUUCCACAAAAACUAUUAUUACUGUCCGAAGUCCAUCACGUCCAUCGCAAGAGAUGACCACAGUAAGCAGUCAAAACGUUUCAGGCAAAGAUACAAUGAUUAAAGCUGAACAAAAUAACAAGCCAGAGGGUACAAACACCUGGAUGUUCCUCAGUGGGGUGAUAGUGAUCAUUCUCUGCACGUCCAUGGUCAUCGUAUGUGCGGUCAAAUCGCCCAUCUGGUACAAGAUGCUCUUUGACUACCGGCACCAGAGGCUGCGCGAAGCUGAGGAGCCCAGUAUCUUCAGCACAAGCCGCUUCUCUAACUUUAGCCUGGACACGGAGCAGACGGAAACAAGUGCUCAAGAGCUGGACCAGGGGCUGGCUGAGGAUGAGGACGGCUUUAUAGAGGAUGGCUACAUUCAGCCUGAGGACUAUAAAGAGAAUGUAGACAUUGAUGAAGUGUAAACGAAGAAUCAUCACUAUAGCGUGUCUGAUGUAACGGGUCCAAAGGAGGCAUAGAAAUCCAGAUGUUCCAAGCUCAAAAUCAGCAUAUAUACAUUUGCUUGUAAAAAACCAGGUGAAGGAAAAGGCAAGAAUGUUCUAUCACAAAUCCUUAUUGUCAUCUUGUGAAUGUUUUUUUUCCAAUGAACUUACUCGUUUUCAACAGUACAAACUUUUCAAAUUGUCACUUAUUGCUUCCUAUUUUUUUUUUUUUACAUAUUUGGACCGCAGGCUUGCUACACAAACAGUGUUACUGUCCAAACAUUUACAUUUGCGGUAUUUAGCGCACUCCCUUGUUCAAAACAACUUACAGACAUGCUGUCUCUACUAAACAUGCUAUAACCAUGUGUGUCAAAAAAAGCCUAUAAAUAAAAUCUUAUAAAGUGGAAACCGCUUGUGUUCCCAUAUGCUUGUUGAUAAUCCGUUCCUGUACCUCAGGUGUUCGCUUAUUAAAAAAAAAUGUUUAUGCCUAAUUUAACACACAAAUAUACUUGGGGGGUUCCACUGUAUUUGCAUUUAGUUUUUAAAGCACAUUCAAGUUAGAUUCAUUAACAUGCUGUAAACUGUACUCUUUAACUACAAUGUUCAGCCAUUUAUAAACACUUCGCUAUAAUACCACAGUGCUGCUUCACCCUAAUCCUAGUCUAAUGGUCAGAGGGUGUUCAUUAAUCUUCUGUACGAGCAACAUGGAUGGUUGCUGUUGCACCAUUUUCAUGGUGACCGUUUAUUCCCAGGGACACGUACGGCAUUGAAUUAGGUCGUAACGGUACACAAAAUUCACGGUUCUGUACAUAACUCUGUUUUAAAGUUACGGAUCAGUUCAGUUUCAGUACAGUGAGGAGGAAAAAAUGCAAAGCGAAAUCGCUUGUCGUUUUUUAUUAACGCCGUUAACGCCUCCUUGGUUUAAAUAAAAAAUAAAAUGUAUAAAGAUAAAAUAAAAUAAAUAAAAUUAAUGCAAUACACUUUUUUAAAUUA